AUGUAUAAAAGAGCGACCUCAAACGUAGGAGAGUUUCAUUCGUUACUCAAGUGGUGCUCUUCAUCUGGCGGUGGUGGCGAAGUCUUCGGCUUUGUCUUGAUGGUGAAACCAUCGUUUGUGGUAGUGGAUGCAAGUGUGAAUGUUGAGGACGAGAAAAAACGUCACUUCGGACGACACGAGAAGAAAUACGUGCUACUCCCAUACUACUCGCAGCUCAGCAUAUAUCUGGACGAGCACUUUGAACACAUCAAACAUGGCCUAGUUGCAUCGGUACUAGUAAAUGAGAACCGUCCUGCGCUUCGAAACUACAUUUAUGCCUUGAAAGAAUUCGUUGAAACGCACGGAUUCCGAUUUUCAAAAGGCGAUCAUAUUAAACUAAUCGAACUUUUGUAUCUAGUAAUGGUUAAAAAAGACCAGUGGCACGACGUGGUACACUAUGCUGCAAGAGCUCUUGAAAAGCUUAUUAAGGCGUCUGAAAUCCGUCCAUCAGAAGCUAAGCUCAGCUCCACUAAGCUGUUAGGGUAUUCGGAUAAGUUCGGGAAAAUUCUGCCUCUCAACUGUGAAAGCAUGUUGCUCCCGAACGCACUGAAGAAGGUGUAUGUGUUCAACAGCAGGAGGAAGGAGUCGAUAAUAGAUCAAUAUUUGACAUCGUCGUGCGAAGAUCACAAGAAAUAUGGUGCGGGACUGUGGUUCCAAACGAUGUGGAAAAUGUAUGAAGUUGCCGAGAUGGGAAAGAAAUGGGGCGACGAUUUGCCAAAUUUUUUCGCAACAUUAAUCUACCACAACCCAGACUUCAUGGACUGGAGACCUCUUUACGACACAAUCUUCACCCGUAUCAUUCGUGCAUUAGGACUGUGUAUUAGAGAAGGAAAAGUUACGGUCGGUGACGGUUCCGGCUCCUCUAGCCUCGAUGGAUUCGCUCGAUUCGUGUCGUCUACUAUAGGCGGACCUUAUUGCUGCCGAAAACAGCUUGAGAAAAUGAUGAAAACAAUAGAGCCAUUUUUGCAUCCCUCAAAUGAAGGCGAUCACACAGCGCAGGUGCUUAGCUUCCUUCAAUACCUAAUAAGAGAGUUUCUUGGCCGAUACGAAGACGAAAGAAUAAAGAAGAACAAGAGAAAAGUUUCUCAAGAAUUCUAUCUCAAAGAUGUAGACGUCAGAUCGUUUGUGAAUGCACUACUCCAGCCAAUCCUCUACUCGUUGUAUUCAAAAGACGGGAAAAGUUAUGAACUCCCUGCAAAAUUGCUGAUGAUGCUUGGAACUCUAGAACCUGGACUCGUAUUUCCUCGCUUUUUAGAGAACGUUUACCCAGCGAUGUUCGCCGUAUGUGAACCUCAUCGCUUAACACAAACGCUCGAUUGCAUGUUUGAGCUGGUGUAUAUCAUUGGUAGCGACGACAAACAAGGAAUUGAACGGAAGAAGAUGGAGAAGGAUUGGGUAGCAGAAAUGGAAAAACAUCGAUCACCAGACUCUCCACUUGCACGGCACUCACUUCAAAAGCUCUCGACUGAAAACAAGUGGGAAUUGAAGAACAAUUUCUCCACAUUCCGAUUUCACCUGUUCUAUUUCUUGGAGAUCCUUAUUGCUGGAAUUGAUAUCAACGACGUAUCAAAGGCAAACAUCGCAAUUCACAAUCUAACUCUGAUAUUUUAUAUUGUACCCAUACUCGACUACUCGGAAUGCGUGAAGCACCACACGGAUCUGACCCCAGACGAGAAAUCGCUUUGCUUGCUGUCAACCAGACUACCUGUAAUAGCCGAAUGGGCUUUAGACCGAAUGCUCGCAGUGAUUCAAUGCCUUGCCAUUACGGCUCCCAAAGACUCCUCAUCCGCAUUGGGAAAUUUCAAGGACGAGUCGACGAAAGAGAGUGAGGAAGAGAAAGUGUUGAAAAAGGCUAUUGACAGAUGCGUGACUGCGUUAUUCACGAAUACGAAAUAUGCCAUUACUGCGAAAUUAUCGAAGAAAGUCCUGGAUUUUGUAAAGACAAAUCAGUUCGAAACUCAAUUAGCCACUGAUAUGAUUUCUUCGUUGAUAGCUCAAAUGACCUAUACUUACAUUGACAACAAGGAUAUCUGCUUCGAAAUGAUCUCGUUACUACUGCAAUGCAAGAGUAAAGUUGCUUACAUUAACGGUUCCAUUGGCCUAUGGUAUAUGUUGUAUAUGCUUUCACGAAUUUAUCCAGAAAAUACCAGAUACAUUGCCGAUCGGCUCGAAAGACCGUUGAAAGACUGGGUUCCCGUUCGAGAGUGGGGAAGAAUGUAUGAAAUGGCUGAAGCAAAAAUGGCGUGGUAUGUACCUAGUGAAAAAGGAAAGCAGCUGGUAGAAGCACUGCUGAACAAGUUCUUAUUUCCUGUUGUCGAGUCGUUGAAGGAUGAGAACAUGGAUAGAGAGUCCUUGAAGAAAGCUCUUACUAUUAUAAACUUCGGGUUCAGUGGAGGUAUAACAUGUUUCGCGUUGCCGCCCUCUCCUGAAUUCAAGUCUCGGCACAGUGUUGUGCCUUGGUUUAAACCCGAUUCUAAGAAUCCAUCUGUACUUCACUGGGAUAUCCGACCUCCGUCAGGAGAGAACUUCUGCGAACAUCUUGUGAACAUCUUGGAGAAAGUUGCCGAACGUCUCGUUUCUUCAAAACGCGAACAUACCCAAGUUCUCUGCACUAUUUGCAAGAUCCUUCACUCCAUUAUCCACAGCAAUAAUGCUGACUCGCACCAGUUGGAUACAGCUGUGGGGGAGCAUGGUGACAUCUACACCUAUAUGACUAUUCCAAUCUCAAGAAAGCGACAUAUAUUUGUUCUCGAAUCGCAAGCCUAUGUUGCUCACAUGAGAAACGUGGUGGAAUUACCCUCUGAGAUGUUCACAGAUUUCCAUUUGAGAGUUGCUCGUAUAAUUGCCAAACUGAUUAUAAACGAUUAUUCUGAGGUGAGGUAUGAGGCACUGGCAGUGUUUUCGAGCCUUUUUUCCGAACACGCGAUCGCCAGAGAAACUAUCGUAGACGACAUUCUACCAACUCUGACAAACCCUGACAGUACCAGGGACCAACUGAAGGUUGUCGACUAUCCAGAUGUGAUUGACAUGUACGAUGAUCUUUGGAAUGACAUAGGUAAACUGCAGAAACCAGCCAGAAAGCAUUAUGAAUGUCCGAAACUAACGGCUUUCUGCAACGAGUGGUUCAAAGAUCUCCCGAAGACCGGCGAUUGGACGGCAUUCAAGGAUCCGAAAAUUCUAGAAAGCGCUCGAGAUGCCAGAGCUGCUAGGAGAGCCGCUGACAAAAGAACGAUAUAUCAAAAGCGCGAAAUCUGGGGAAAUCAAUCAUUAGCUUUAAAGUUUUCAAGGAAAGAUGGGAUAAGAGAUCAGGAUAUCUUGGUGGAUACAUUAUUGGAGCUGUUUGGCAGAAAAGAUCUUUUGCAUACCCGCCAAAAGCUAUGCCGUGCAAUGUUAUGGCGCUGUCAAAAGGAGAAAUGCGGUCUGAAAACGAUCAAGGUACACCAGCAUCCGUUACGAAACUUUGGUAUGAGGCGUUGCCGUGUGAAUACUCUUCAGAUUAUUCGAGGAGCAGCAAGUUUCAGUAGAAAUAGCAACGGUCAAGACGUUCACCACAACGAUCUAAAGUUGCCUACUUCUUCCUAUCCUGACCGGUUUCCUUCGAAAUUUUAUACACCAUACUCAGCAAUGUUACAAACAAAACAUUACUCCCAUUUCGAUAAUCUGCGGUGA